CAGCCAACAUUUCAUACUAUUGAGGACAUUUAUGAAGUUCAGUUGGAUACUGACAGAGGAGUUAAGGAGAAGAUAAGAAUAUUUGAUACUGCUGGUCUGGUCAGUGAGCUGUUAAUAAGCACUUUAAGAUUCAACGAUGCGAGGGCAAUGAGAACAUUGCUUAAAAAGUGAAUUUGUGUUCCUUCAGUCUUAAUUGCAAUUAUUCCUACCCAAUUACUUUGACAUUCUCAUUGCCGUCCCCAUUGUUGGAUCUUAAAGUCCCUAGUAAUAACCUUUCAACCCCCUGCUAAAUGUCCAAAUCUCAAAAGAAAUUUUAAUUUGAAUGAAUAAUAAGUCUUUUAGGAGCUAGGCCUUGCAUUUAGAUCUCACAAUAGACUGUUUAGCUUGAAUUUUUUCCCAAUGGCAAUUCAGACCAUGUGGUGUUCUCCAGGCACCAUAACUUUUGUCUAAUUUCAUAAGUUAUGUAUAGUAUUACAUAUGCACUUGCAUACACAUGCAUAAGAUGACACUUGAAAGAAACAGUUCUCUGGGGUAACAAAACAGACAAGUUACAAAAGGUCUACUGGAUGCCACAUGGUAAGACCUGUUUUGUUUUCUUGUUGUAAGAAGGUAUUUUUAUAUUUUGGGGUAAUAAAAAACCCUGCUAACAGGGGCUCAGGUAAACGUUUUUGAAAAGUUUUCAAGUAAGAGCCAUGCAUGUGGAAGUGAUGGCAGAAAUAUGAAGUUAAGCUAAAAAUAGUAUGCAUCAGCAGAAUUUGUAUACCUUUUUCACUCGGGCCUAUUCAAGCUAAGAAAAUGGCAAAAGGAAAUUAAAUGAUAACAAAAAUACUUAAGCACCUUACCAUCAUAUUAUAAAUCUAGGAGUUUCCCUCCUAUAUGAUGAGAGGAAAAAAUAAAAUAUUUUUGUUAGAUCAAUAAAAUAAUACCAGUCCUGAUUUUGUUGUGGCAUGAACACAAUAAUAAAAUUAUUAUUAUUGUGUUCAUUGGCUUCAAUGCUGCCACAACAAAAUCAGGAUUAAUUAUUUAUCUUCUUUUAUUAACAUGCAUAUGCUUCACCUUGGGCAGUAUUUCCUUGUUGGGAUAUUGCAGUUUUUGUGUCUUAAUGACCCAAAGAGCUCUGUGAUAGUGAGGGUUUUUCCCCGUUAGGUCUUACUAUGCUGGACUGAGGAUAGCUCCCACCAUAUAACCCUCUGGGGACUUCUGUACAAAGGUUUCCCCUCUUCCACAGGUUUUUCCAAGGUUGAGUGGGGAGUGUGGGUUUUAAAGUGACGUGCUUAGAACUGAGUGUAUAAAGAUGAGCACAGGGUUCAAAUGGAAGGUGAUGAAGCAAACACAGAGCUUGAGCAGGAAUUUUGGGGGGGGAGUGAUAAAAGAUGAGUGAUUGUGAGGGACUGGGUACUGGGUGUGAGGCAGGUGGAUGGCAUAAUCAAAAUUUAUCAUACAUGUUUGACUUUUUUUUUAAUGUUUGAAAUUUGGUUCUAUUUUUUUUGUAGGAGCUAAAUAAUGGGGACCUUUCAAAACAGUAUCUUAAUUUGGCAGAUGUAAGUAAUUUUAUUGUUUGACCAUCAUCAGGAAUGUUUUUCACAUACUGUUGAAACUCCACUAAUGGACGCCACCUGCUUGCAGACACCUCCUAUAAAGGACACCAAACUGUGGUGCCCACAAUUUCACUGCAGCAUAACCCACAUUAAUUUUUAACUUCACUUUAGUGAACACGUUUUGUAAGUGGACUCAGACACCCUUUUGAGGGUGUAGAAACUAAAAUAACCAGUGGAUAUACUGAAAGCAAAUCAAGGCAAAGUAAAUCAGACCUAAUAACCUUAUCUCAAGGGUGUCCAAGUACAAGAGAUUGGAAUGUAAUUUCCUAAAACGUUUUUUAAUGGCUCUUUCUUGCACAGGGAUUUCUGCUUGUGUUCAGUGUGACAUCCAAGAAAUCCUUUCAGCAAAUUCAAGCCAUCAAGAAAGAAAUUGACAAGAGCAGAGGAAAGGAUGUGAGUAUGUGCAAGCUCACAUAGCAUAACUGUACAAUUCUCACAGUACAACUGUACAAUUCUAACUUUAAAAAAAAAUAGCAUUAAGCAAUGUCAAAGAAUGAGGAAAUUGCUGUUGAUCCUUUGAACCCAAUGUGCUUGUACAUGUACGUGCACUCUUCUGAUUUUAGUCCCCAGAUCACGUGAAAUGAAUUUACAUAAGCAAUGUUUCAGAUUGGUGGUAAAUUGAAGUCCUCCCACGAAUCUUUGUUUGUUUACAGUGUGAACAAAAUGAUAAAAUUUCUAACAUUAAUUUGAUAACUUGUUUCUGCAACUAUGACAUUCUCGCUAAAACUCGAGGUAGGAUGAUAACGGCUAUCACGUUUUCCCACUCAAAUGACGCUGGCCCUCAUGUGAGUACCAUUUAGUAUUGAAAAAAUGUCACAGUCGUAGUCAUCAUCGCCUUAGAGUCUAAAGGUCUCUAAUAAACAAAUAAUUUGUUUAUUACCAAGGUUUGUGAAAACCUUUUAUCAGUCCAUUACCAUCAGUCUUUCAUUGUUUUUUCGUCUGCAUCCAUGCUGUUUGUUUUUUGUUUGUUUGUUUGUUUGUUUUCUACCUUUUUCUUUUUCAACAUAAUUACCUUGUGUAAACUCCUGUGGGCUCUUUUACUCUUCUUGCAACAACUUUACCUGUAUUUUUGUAUGGAUAUCCUGUCCUGAUAAAUUGCCCCUGAAUAAACUACUGCCUCGUCCACAUCUUACAAUUUGUGCAGGAGAAUUGUAAGCAAUACAGUGUAGGAGGAUAUGUGUACCAUGGCAACAAAAGAUAUGAAUAGAAAAUCAUUGAUUUAUUAAAGUAAUUAACUAGUUCUUUACUUUAAUUAAGUAAGUAAAAUAUGGAGGUAGAACAAUCAAGUACUGGCAACCUAGUAGCUUUUAUUGUGGCCACCAUUAAGGAAAGAAAUGAUUUGAAGUAAACCAUUAUUGGCUACUUACAUGUACAAGUAUGAUCAAGGGGUCAAAAACACAAGAAUGACUCUAGCAGUCUAGGGGUCAUUGUGGGACUUGAACUGUGUGGCCGACUGAUUUCAAGUCCAUCAUUUUAACCACUGUCUUGUUCAGUUAAAUUCGUCCAACAUGAAGACAUGAAGGGGAUGGUGCUCUUCUCUUGUUAAUAUUGUAAUUUUGGUAAAAUAAAUUUGAUCAAAUUCUUUGAUUGCAGUUUCCAAUGGUUGUUAUAGCAACAAAAACUGAUAUUAAAAAAGAGAGGGAGUGUGAACCAAUUGAAAUCAAAAAGUGGGCCGAGACAGAGAAAGGUAAUGUACAAUUUUUGGCUUCAGCUUCCGAAAAGUUUUAAAGUUUUGACUCAUGGCACGUGACACGCUCUCUUUCAAUUGGAAAACGUGCUUGAGUUGGGAGGUAAAUUACAAAGGCCCUUGACACACACCAGUCAGCUAUUAGGAAACGACUGAUACACAGUCUAGAGAGCCUGCCUCAGGUUGGUUAGCCUGUGCAGAGUGCAAAGAAAGUCGUGUGCGUUAGCCUGGGGAUAGUGGAUUUUGCAAUCGGGCUAGUGAAUUCUGUUCUUAACUUGCCCGAAGGGCAAGUGAGUUUUUUGGGUGAUUCAAAUUACAGAAGAACUGUAAUCAAUGCUGCUUAUCAAAAAAUUUUUCGGGCUAGUUAAAACUGAAGACUCUUGGGCUGGUACAUACUAGCAUUAACUUGCCCGAAUGGCAUGCCGUAAAACUGACUUUCUUUGCACCGUGCUGUGCCAGGCUCUCAGUAAUAAAACAAGCCAAGCGAAUUUUUUACUGCACGACUGCCCUACUAUUUUGGAGCCUGGAAAAGGCUACAGCUUUAUUAGCUGGACUAUUUAGUGUUACCACGGCUCAACCUUUAAUCUCCAUUUGCCUCCAGAAUGUCUCACGAAUCUUAAAAUAUGAGAGUCCCACAUGUUCACUAUUGCUAGUGUCUUUUUUGUUUCUUUUCCAGUUCGGCUUACAGAAUUGUGUGUUGGUGACAGGAAAGCACUUCAGGAACCUUUUGUUUGGAUAACUUCAAGAAUGGUUUCAUGUGCUGGUGAGGAUACAAUAUUCUUUUUAUUUGAAAUACCAACCCGUCGAAGCGAGCAUGGUUUUUUUUUCUCAUAAGAAAGUGAUAUGCAAUUGAUGUUGUUACUGAGGAAACUAACGGAACCACGGCAGCAACGGAGAUAAAAAAAAAACGUCACAACAUGGUGAAUUUACGUUCGUUCAAACCAAUCUAAGUUCAAAAAGGCAAAAAAAAACUCGUCCUUUCACACUUUUUAGCGAGUAUGCUAACUCGUUCACUUAACUAAGGAUACAGAUAGAUAGCUUAUCAUUACAGGUACUCCGGCCUGGUAUGACCACAAAGAGUGGUACAAAAACCUAUAACCGAUAUGUAACGAUCGAUGCUGUGCAGCAUCGCUCCGUUGUAGAAACCUCUCCGAAAUCACCAUUCUUAUGUGGGAACAAAAGCCUUAUCCGAUAUGAUUUUCGUGCCCGCGCAAAAACUAUCCCGUACAGUGUCAACAGAGCCUAAAAGUUGGGAAGUUAAGGUUUGAUUCAGUUGCAGCAUACGCUUAUAGGAGUCACCACGGUUCACUGGAAUUGUUAAUUGUUUUGAGCGUGAGAACAGUAAAAAACGGUGGGGCAGGCUAGUGCGGCGGCUUUCUGGUAUGCUUCGAAAGAUUACACCCUAAGUUAGAUUAAGAGAGAUGACCGUGUCUGAGCUCAGAUAGAUAUUGUCACUAUAUACCGUGAAGCGUAGUGCGGUUUUUUUUUGUGAACCAAUCAAAGUUUACCUCCUAAUAUGGGAUUACUGUUACGUGAGACGGUCGCGUGAGUGCUUGGGAAAACCUUGUAUCGCGAUAGAAUCGAAGCUCUGCAAAGAACAAUUACAGUUUUACGAUGUAAAAUACGACCAGAAUGGGAAUCUUAUUACCAAAAUAGCCAGGAUUGAUUUCCUUAGGACAAAACAAGGUUGACUAAUUAAAUCUUUGUAAGCAUCUUACAGUCCUGCCUUAGCUUAUUGACGAAGCUAGCUCAAAAGAGUUUGCCUGGUGCACAAACCAUACUUAUACCUCAUCAUGCAACAAGACUCGCUUUGAGAACGAGGCUAAAGGAAAUACAGAAGUGUCCUUUUAGAGCCUGUUUACAUGAAGAUGGGGGACCCUAGGUCGGUAAGAUAACCCGCGUAGGUGGGGUAAAACCCGCCUCUCCAUAUAAUUUCUCAUUUUAAUUUGAUCACGUUAACCCGCCUAGCCGGGGUCCGAUUCGUGUUACAUCAAAUUCGCGCCAAAUUCAACGAACUGCCUUUGGCGGAGGCUUUUGAAAGUGACAAUAUAGAAAACCACAGCACUGAAAGUUUGUCUUACGUGCAGCAAGUGAGAGGAGAAGAGCAUUAACCGUUUGCUCGCCAUGUUUUGUUUGUUUACCAAGAAAGUGCACCCCGAAAGGCGGGGUUGUAAGAUUGCAUGUCAACGCGGGAUAUUUUUUUCACCCCGUCUAAGCGGGUUACCCUACCUACCUCGGGUAUCCCACCUUCAUGUAAUCAGGCCUUUAGUACUUUUGUUCUAAAUACGUGGACACUUCAUUAAAAUAGUUUUGAACUGACUGAAAACAAACAUAUAACGCCCCAUUUUAGGUAAAGGAUACCUUCAGUCUGGCCAUUCUGAAAUGAAGCGAUUUCUUUCCAUGCGGAAGUCUAGCAAAACCGUGUUUGUAUCCAGGGACUCUGGCCUUGAUGUCACCAAGGAGUAG